AUAGUUGAAAAGAGGCACGUUAAUAACCAACAAAAUGGCGCCCAUUCUGCGGGCGACACAAUCUUGACGGCCCGCCUCUCAGCGAACGUAGGACGUAUCUACGCCUUACAGUGAUGACGUAACCCGGAAACAGUUGUGUGAAAUAAAACGUUCCUAGUUACCAGGGUUCCCCCUCCACAGUUUGGCAGGUGACGUUGGCUCGGAAGUGAGCUGGCGGUGCUGCCGUGGAGUGGCGGACCCGGAAGUGCGGCUGAGCCGGGAGAAAUGGCGGCGGCUGCCGGAGCUGGAGACGAGGAGAGGGACAUGAAGCAGCUGCAGUCCGACAUGAGUGAACCGGGGAGCCCCCCGGGGAGGAGCGCGGGAGAGCGAAACAAUCGUCGUCUGAAGUAUCUCAGCUUGGCCGUUCUGGUUGUCCAGAACGCUUCCCUCAUCCUCAGCAUCCGAUAUGCCCGCACCCUGCCCGGUGACCGCUUCUUCUCCACCACCGCCGUGGUCAUGGCUGAGAUUCUCAAGGGCAUCACUUGCCUGCUGCUCAUGCUGGCCCAGAAGAGAGGUAACGUGAAGGAGCUAGUCUUGUUCCUGUAUGAUGCCAUCCUUAUUCAGUACAUGGACACCCUGAAGCUGGCAGUGCCCUCCCUUAUUUAUACCUUACAGAAUAAUCUACAGUAUGUGGCCAUAUCCAACCUCCCAGCAGCCACCUUCCAGGUGACGUAUCAGCUGAAGAUCCUGACCACCGCGCUGUUCUCUGUCCUGCUCCUGAGGAAGAGCCUGUCCCGGCUGCAGUGGGGCUCCCUGGUGAUCCUCUUCAUCGGCGUGGCCAUCGUACAGUCCGAGCAGUCUGGCGGGAAGGAAAGCGUGGCAGCGAGCGGUCAGAACUACGUUGUGGGGCUGAUCGCGGUGGCCGUCUCCUGUCUCUCCUCAGGUUUUGCCGGCGUGUACUUUGAGCGCAUCCUGAAGGGCAGCUCUGCCUCGGUUUGGCUGCGUAAUGUUCAGCUCGGCAUCUUUGGGACGGCACUGGGACUCCUGGCCAUGUGGCAACAAGAUGGCGCUGCAGUGGCAGAGCGCGGAUUCUUCUAUGGCUACACUCCUCUGGUGUGGUGCGUCAUCUUCAACCAGGCAUUCGGUGGCCUUCUGGUAGCCGUUGUGGUCAAAUACGCAGACAACAUCCUGAAGGGCUUUGCCACGUCUCUGUCCAUCGUGGUGUCCACGGCCGCUUCUGUUCACCUUUUUGGAUUCCACGUGGACCUCCCAUUUGCCUUGGGUGCUGGACUGGUCAUAGGUGCUGUGUACUUGUACAGCCUCCCCCGGACACCUGAUACCCCCCUGUCUACCACCAGCCAGACUUCUUCACUCAAGGAACCUUUCUUGCCAAAGAUUGUUUCCAAACAAAAAGGCUCAUAAGAGCGAAGGGACCGUGACCGGACUGCACCAUUCCUAAAUAUUCCUAGUGACCGGGCUAUACCAUUACUGAAUAUUCCUAGUGACCGGGCUGCACCAUUACUGAAUAUUCCUAGUGACCGGGCUAUACCAUUACUGAAUAUUCCUAGUGACCGGACUGCACCAUUACUGAAUAUU